AUGAGCGAAACGGUCAAGUCGCAUGCGUGUAAAGAAUACUUGACCGAAGUCGAAGAAUCCCUCCGCAUCGCGACUCAAAUAAUUCGCGACCAUGGCCUCGACGUUGAUUUGGAUGCCGAGCUGGCGAAAGCGAGAAACGGAGCAAACCAAGAACACGACCAGUCUAAUAUAAAGAGCGAGGAUACUACGCCGUCGGGAAGUUUGAAAAGACCCCGAGUCGCAUCGGAGGAACCUACCCAAGGCCAUAACAGAUCGCUCGAUUACACCCAAACUGAGCCUACGAUAUUUGAGCCUGGUCUUGAAAUACUCAUAUCCGACAGCAACAUUGAAGAGUCUCUCUCCACCGACAUCCUUCCGGCAGCCGCUGCAGAUAACCCCAUAGUGAAUGGGGCAGAUUACGACUGGGAUGAACGAGACACGGAAGCACAGAGCUGCCUCGACGGCAUGGCGGCACUUUCGAUCGAAGAAGAACGCCCAGGGUAUCUUGGACUAGCAUCUGGGGCAGCCCUUUUACGCCUCAUUCAAAGCCACUUCUCGUUUCCCUUCUCGUCUGUCCCACCGCCACCGAAGACAUCAACACCAAGCAGCGAGUCAUCACAAAGGCUAGCCCGCAGCGAAGUUCCCUCUCAUAAAAUCGAAUCAUAUAUCACAAGCUACUUCAAGGAAUACCAUACAAAUUAUCCACUGGUUCACCAAGGAUUAUUCAUGGCUCAGUUCCAUGAGAUUGUGCCCCGGCCUAAACACAGCAAGAUCUUGAUCUACAUCGUUGCAGCCAUCGGUGCCUUCAUGUCCGCCACGGCUUCUAACGACGACGACCUUAUUCUAUAUCAAUGCGCGCGGUCGCAUCUCUCUGUCGAGAUACUUGAAGUCGGCAGCUUGACAUUAGUGCAGAGUCUAUGCUUGAUCUCGAACUACCUACAAAAACGCGAUCGUCCCAACUCGAGUCACAAUUACCUCGGACUCGCGGUUCGCAUGGCCUACGGACUGGGUCUUCAUAAAGACCACCCUAGCGUGGAAGGAAACUUAUUAUAUCGUGAAAUUCGUCGGCGAACUUGGUGGUGUCUUUUUAUCUUCGACGCAGGCUCGACUAUAACAUUCAGUCGCCCUCUAGCAAUCCCAUCUGCUGGAAUCGACACAAAACUACCUCUCAAUAUCAUAGAGAGCGAACUGACAGCCUCUGCAAAGGUUGUCCCUGAAAACCUCGACGUCCCAACUAUCUACACCAACGUCCGCGUCCAGUCACAGUUCCACCUUCUGACAAACCACAUAUAUAACCGCGUUAUAUCCAAACCUUCACCAACGGCCAAACAAGUCCUUGAAUGGGACGACUUCUACAUAAACAAGUGGUUAAACCUCGUACCAGAUUAUUACAAAGAAACAGCCACCGUCCCUGAAAGACACCAAUUUCCCCACGCCAUCAUGACCUGGCGAUAUAAGCACUUCCGCCUUAUAAUCUACAGACCAUUCUUCAUCCAAAAAGCUCUCCAAAUAAACCAGCAACAAACAGCCUCACUCACCGGAUUCUCAAUUCCAAUCCCGGAACCCUCGCCAGACCAGCCAUAUAUCGACAAAGCCUGCGAGCGAUGUCUGAAAGAGUCCCACGAAACUAUCAUCAGCAUCGACAAGUUCUGGAAUAACGCAGUCCACACACGCAUGGCCUGCUGGUAUGCAUUAUACUUCUUGUUCUCGGCAACCCUGGUCCCUGUAAUUCUCCUGCACAAUGAACCACAGUCUCCGCACUCGGAAGGCUGGCAGGAAGAUAUCGACAAAGCGAUUGCGAUUAUUAAGAGUAUGGUUGAGUUGAGCCCGUUUGCCAGUCGCUGUUUUGAGACGCUGGAGAGGUUACGGGAUGGAUUUUCUAGUCCGGUACUUGCAGAGCUGGGAUCUAUGGUGCCGGAAAUGCCUUCUUUCUCGGAUCCAGUCGGACAGGAAUCGUUCGCUCAGAUGUUUUCGGGUAAUAAUGGGUGGUUUGAGGGGCCGGAGGUGUAUUUUGAGGAGCAAAUGUGGUAA